GUGUAGCGACACCCAGCGACGCCCCUGGGAGGUUUUGGAGGAGGCGUCCCAACUCAUCUUACCCCGGCGCCGAGUACGCACACCGGGGCGGUCCGCUCUGCUGCUGCUUGGAGACUACUGUGGACUCAUUGAGCCGUACCGGAGGUGCUCGGCCCAGCCCGGGGAAUGGGGGCGAAGGGCGAGCCCCGGCGGCCAUGCUGGUACUGGGACAAGCGCGACCUUGUGCGGACUCCAUCCAUGCAGGAGGGCAUGGACGCUGUCACGGAGUCGCGCUACCGCCGCGAGGGCGCUCGCUUCAUCUUCGACGUGGGCACGAGGCUCGGGCUGCACUACGACACACUCGCAACCGGCAUGGUCUACUUCCACCGCUUCUACAUGUUCCACUCGUUCAAGCAGUUCCCACGAUACGUGACGGGCGCCUGCUGCCUCUUCCUGGCCGGCAAGGUAGAGGAGACGCCAAAGAAGUGCAAGGACAUCAUCAAGACGGCGCGCAGCCUACUCAACGAUGUGCAGUUCGCACAGUUUGGAGACGACCCCAAGGAGGAGGUGAUGGUGCUAGAGAGGAUUCUGCUGCAGACCAUCAAGUUUGACCUCCAGCUGGAGCACCCCUACCACUUCCUCCUAAAAUACGCCAAGCAGCUCAAGGGAGACAAGAGCAAGCUGCAGAAGCUGGUGCAGAUGGCCUGGACGUUUGUCAAUGACAGCCUGUGCACGAUGCUGUGCCUCCAAUGGGAGCCCGAGAUUAUAGGUGUGGCGGUGAUGUACCUGGCCGGCCGCCUCUGCAAGUUUGAGAUCCAGGAGUGGACGUCGAGGCCAGCGCACCGCCGCUGGUGGGAGCAGUUCGUGCAGGACGUGCCCGUCGAGCUGCUGGAGGACAUCUGCCACCAGGUGCUGGACCUCUACUCGCACUCGCCGCAGUCGCAGCAGCAGCUGCAGCAGCCCCCGUCACAAGCGCAGGCAAUCGGGCUGGCACACACGCAGGCCUCAUUUCAGGCUCAGGCCGUGCAGCAAUUGUCCAUGCAGCAGCAACAGCAGCAGCUGCCUGGGGAGGCCCCGGUCGUCAGCAUGCAAGCUGGACAAGCCAUUGCGCAGUUGCAGCAGGCGGCGCAACAGCUCGUCGCGGCACAGCAGCUUGUGGCGCAGCAGCAACAGCAGCAACAGCAGCAACAGCAGCAGCAGCAACAGCAACAGGCCCAACCUUCGCUGCCGCAUACACCAAAAAAACCAUCGCCUCCCUCCAGCUCUCCCCGGCCCCUUAAGCGCCCCUUGCAGGUGUCUCCAGCAAGAGAGGAAAAAGUUGUCGAAACUCCACUUAUAAAAAUACCGAAGCCAGACCCUUCUCCAGUCCACACUGCCGGUCCUCCGAUCACAGAGCGGCGCACAUCGGCCAACACGUCCGUAGUGUCCAUGGACCUGGACUCCGGCGUGGGGAACGGCAACGACAUCGCCAAGGGCCCCGCACUGCCCCCCUUCCCCCCACAGCCCCCUCCUGCCCGGCCCCCACCCCCACCGCACCCCUACGCCCCCCCGGGCAGCGGCUCCUACUUGAGCGCAAGCGACAGCUACCAGAGCGGGAUGGCGGCGGAAGCCGGCGGGGCCGGGGGCUACGCGGCCGCCCCGCAUUCUUAUCGCCCCCCCGGUCACAUGAGCUACCCGCCCCCUCUCCCGCCACACAGUUACCCCCCUCCGCCCACCUCCUAC